ACGAGAAAUAAGAAGACAUCAAACGGUUAAAGCAAGCAAUCACUCCAGCCCGGUUCUAGCUAAAUCCGACUUCACGAAAUCAUUUGAUGUUUAUAUCGAUGCAAGUGACAUAGGUUCAUGUUGCGUUAUCAUGCAAGAUGAUGGUAAUGGUAACAUUAGGCCGAUUCUUUACGAAAGUUGUCGUUUCAACAAGUUCCAAAGAAAUUCCUCGACAACCGAUAGAGAGUUUUAA